CCCGCUUUCACACCGCAAUUGGAAUAGUCGGUUUCGAGGCCUCCGAGUCGGGAGUGGUUGUUUCAGUGGUUGAGGUGAUCGAGUGAUACUGUAGUUGGAGUUUAGUAGGGCGUUUGAUAACUUUGGCUUAUGAUGCCGACACAGCGGGACAGCUGCCUGUCCCAGCCCGCCGUAGAGAAUUCCCAUCAAGUCCGGGUAAAAGCUUACUACAAGGGGGAUAUCAUGAUUACCCACUUUGAGCCGUCCAUCUUGUACGAAGGUCUUUUCAAUGAGGUGCGAGAGAUGUGCUCCUUUGAGGAUGACCAGCUUUUCACUAUGAAGUGGAUUGACGAAGAAGGUGACCCUUGUACUGUCUCUUCUCAGUUGGAGUUGGAAGAAGCUCUACGGCUUUACGAACUGAACAAGGAUUCGGAACUGAUUAUCCACGUACUUCCAUGUGUACCUGAAAAACCUGGAAUGCCCUGUCCUGGAGAAGACAAAUCCAUCUACCGCAGAGGGGCCCGUCGCUGGAGGAAGCUCUACUAUGCAAAGGGACACACAUUCCAGGCAAAGAGGUUUAACAGGCGAGCACACUGUGCCAUUUGUACAGACCGGAUCUGGGGACUGGGGCGCCAGGGAUACAAGUGCAUCAACUGCAAGCUCCUGGUCCACAAGAAGUGUCACAAACUGGUCACCAUAGAAUGUGGAAGGCAUGUUAUACAGGAUCCUAUGGAGCCUGUGGGUUCAUCUUCAACACACACUGAUGAUUUACUACCAGUUAUUUCUUACAAAUCUUCAAGUCAUGAUGAAAAUCUGGACCAUGUUGGGGAAGAAAAGGAGGCUAUGAGCAGUAGAGAAAGAGGCAGAGCUCCUUCCAGUUUAGGACUGGCAGACUUUGAUUUAAUCCGUGUCAUUGGCAGAGGCAGCUAUGCCAAGGUGCUGCUGGUCCGUUUAAAGAAAACAGAACGCAUCUACGCCAUGAAAGUGGUGAAGAAGGAGCUUGUGAAUGACGACGAGGAUAUUGAUUGGGUGCAGACGGAGAAACACGUGUUCGAGCAAGCAUCAAACCACCCGUUCCUCGUGGGAUUGCAUUCCUGCUUCCAGACAGAGAGCAGAUUGUUUUUUGUCAUUGAAUAUGUAAAUGGUGGAGAUUUGAUGUUUCACAUGCAGCGGCAGAGAAAACUUCCAGAAGAACACGCCAGGUUUUACUCUGCGGAAAUCAGCUUGGCAUUAAACUACCUUCAUGAACAUGGGAUCAUAUACAGAGAUCUGAAACUGGACAACGUCUUGCUUGAGUCAGAGGGACACAUUAAACUCACUGAUUACGGGAUGUGUAAGGAAGGCUUGCGUCCUGGGGACACCACCAGCACAUUCUGUGGUACUCCCAACUACAUCGCCCCAGAGAUCCUGCGAGGAGAAGAUUAUGGUUUCAGUGUAGAUUGGUGGGCACUGGGAGUUCUGAUGUUUGAAAUGAUGGCAGGAAGGUCCCCCUUUGACAUUGUGGGAAGCUCUGACAACCCUGAUCAGAAUACAGAGGAUUAUCUAUUCCAAGUUAUUUUGGAAAAGCAAAUCCGUAUCCCACGUUCCCUGUCUGUCAAAGCCGCUAGUGUUCUAAAGGGUUUCCUUAACAAGGAACCCAAGGAACGUCUAGGCUGCCACCCUCAGACAGGUUUCGCUGACAUCAUGGGACAUCCUUUCUUCAGAAAUGUUGAUUGGGACCUUAUGGAGCAGAAACAAGUGGUUCCUCCCUUCAAACCCAACAUCUCUGGAGAGUUUGGACUGGAUAACUUCGAUGCUCAGUUUACCAAUGAACCUAUACAGCUCACUCCAGAUGAUGACGAUGUUGUCAGGAAGAUUGAUCAGUCGGAAUUCGAAGGCUUUGAAUACAUCAACCCUCUUUUAAUGUCUGCUGAAGAAUGCGUCUAAAUAGAUAAAAUGUUUCAUUUGACUCUCUUGCUAUUGCCUUUUAAAUGUCUGCAUGGUUAAAAAAAAUAUUAUCUGAAAUUUAAAAAUACUUAGUUUGCUAUCAGCUGCUAAUCAUGCUGAUGUCAUUCCAGUUAGAACCCAUAAUCCUGGUGUAGCCUGUAACCAACUGUUACUGCAGAUUUCAUACUUUGAUGCAUACGUAAAUUAAUAUUUAAAUGGAAACCUAUAUACGUUGAAGUAGAACUGGUAUAGUUUUUCUAUUACUGUAUUAGAAGUUUUCUCACAAAAACUAAAAACCAAACCAUGUCCCAGUCCAUAGGUUAUAAUUGGCAGCAAAACUGUUGAAAACUAAACCAUUUCUACUCUUGCAGGAAAAAUAUACAAAACUAUACAUGAGCCCCUUGUGUGGUAAUGGUUGGGAAAAAAAUGAUACAGACUAUGACAGAUUAAAGACUAUUGGUUGCAGAGCUAAAAAUGAGCAGUUAUCUUCAGAGAUUAGUUUUUAGAAAAUUAUUGCAAAGGGACCUCUCCUUUUAAGUCACAGGCCGGUGGAAAAAAAUGUAUAUAUUUGUUAAACUGUGAAUGGUACCACUGAUAUUUUGUUUUUAAAUUAUAGCCCCAAACAAAUAAUUUAAAUGGAGAACUUCCACAGACUUUCUGUGUUGAACAGGACCAAAAACAUUUUCAGUUGUGAAAAAAAACUAAAACAUAGAUUUAUAUAAACACUGGCAGCUGUACGUGCUGGCACUUCAUUGAGUUUCACUGCUACUACUCAAAGUAGACAUUUUUACAGUCUAAGGGAACUCUUUUUCGUAGUCUAGUUGUUUUUGUUUUUUUUAUUACUUUUUUAUUUUAAUGUUGUCCAAAGCCUUUUGGAAUCCUUUUUGACAGCCUUUGAAAGAAAGAUUGGCGGUUUAAAAAUUGUAUAUAGUAAGAGUAUUUCGAAAGACAGUUCAUUGUUUGAACUGCUGAAAAUACUUUUUAAAACAAGCGUUUCACCCAGAUGCUGUCCAGAACCCUACUUGCUUUAUUCUUUUCAUUCAAAUUCCAUCUCUUAUUUUAUCAGCCUCAGAAAUGUAAUGGAAAAGGGUGACAACUAAAUGCCUUCGCACUGAGAGUAUAUAAGAAAGGGUCUCACACUCAUAUAAUAUUUAUUUCUGCUGAAGUCUAGCGUAAUAUAUCACCUUCGCAUUUUUUUAAAUGUAUAAUUUAUUGUCAUACUAAAAAGUCAACAAAUCGAAAUGUCCUUAACAGUAUUUUCUUACCAGUUCAGGGGUAGUAACACAAGGACAAACCUAUUGAAAUUAACUUGCAGACACUGUAAUGCAAUGAAUGCAUUAAAACCUAGAAGGAAAGUAUUGGCUUUUAUGCAUGUCAGGCUUUUUGGAUAGUCCCCAGCUCAUCUUGCUUUGCCGGUAUUUAAACAAGGAGGGUAGCAAAAAAGGUGUGAAGAAUCUGAGAGGAGCUGUAUAUUUACAAACCUCUAGUGAGCAUGGAUCUAAACGUCAUUUAAAUGAUGGCAUAGCAUGCAACUUUAGUGUGGUUAAGGGGUGGAAACCUGUUUGAGCUUUUCUGUAGAUGAAGGAUAACUAAAGCUGUAGCGCCUCAGGCAUCUACAAAAGGAAAUCUACACAGACCACACAAAAGUUGGGAGUUUGUCCUUUGCAUAUCAUCUGCAGUUCUGGAGUGACAAUGCAUGCCAAACCUGCAAAUAAAUGUAUAACAUUACUAAGGUGUUGAUUUGAUCAACCUGUACCCCGCUGGGAUAAGCCACAGCUGGAUUUCACAGCUCAAUGGAAAUCGCCCUUGAUUGUAUUAACCAUCUUUCCAUGGUAAUUCUAAGAUUGCCCCUUAAAAAUAGGUGGUUAAUGCAAUGGUAGAUUCCCUGGUGCUAUAAAAAUUCAAUGGAAAAAACAAAAACUGGUUUAAACCACUUCAUCUUGGCUGGUGUGUUGUAUCAUAUUGCAAUAACAAACAAAACUAUAUGCCAUAGAUGUAAAAUUACUGAGUCAUUGUAUAUGAAGCCAAGUAAAUCAGGUAGCCUUGUAUAGAGACUGGUAGUUUCAGUGGAGACUCCUGUAGAUUCACUCACUGCAUGCACUUGUGGAGGAGGUGGUUGCAGAACCCCUAGGUAGAGCUCAUUUAUUAUCCAAUGGCUUAAACACUUCUUGGCAGAUGUUGGCUAAUGUAUUGCUGUAUUUUGUGUUUCUUCUCCCCUGUUAAUGGUGAAUAGGGCCUGUGAAAUACAAGAGAAGGUGUUUUGGGAUAACAUGCAUAGGGACAAGUCAUUGAGAUGGCCCUCUUAGUGAGCAAUUGUUACAGGCUAUAUUUUUCAUUAACAUCUCUUUAAAAAGUGUUAAGUGGUGUUAAAAAAGGCUGAUGUUUUUUUUUUCUUUCAACUGCCAUUAACUUUAGUAUACCCUAACAGGGAAUUGAAUCUUUACUCUCGUGUUUUACCUGUUAUUUUUAUACUGUUUUACAUACAAAAAUCGUAUAGGGACACUGAAUGGGGGGAAAAAAAAGAAAAAAUGAAUCAAUUUUAAUGUGUUAUUUACUUAUGUGUUUUUUUGGGGUUUUUUUACCUUUUACACUUUUUUUCUAAAAUGCUUUUCAAACACUACUUUUUUUUAACAUGCGGUUACAAAUGCCAUGACACUAUCUCGUUUAAUUGACUCAAUUUGCUUUUAUAGUAAUUUUUGUUUUGUUCACGGGUAAAGUGUCUACAAUAUACUGUACUGCAGUCAAAGUGGAAAACAAGUCAGGUACCCGGAUAAUCGGGGAAGAGACCAGCUUGCAAAGCACUUCUCUUUUAUAAUGAAUCAUUAUAACACACAUGGAAAUCUCAGUGCUACUUUGAAUAUUUUUUUAAAAGAUUCAGACAUUGGCACGUGUAAUAUGGUGGGGGUUGAGGCAUAGUGGACUGUGAAUAUAUUAAAUUGAUUGACAAAAAAGCACAAUACUCAAUUCUGUAUUGCUUCAAAAAGAACUGUUGUUUUUACAAAUCAAACUUGCACCUUGUAAAAUGACAAGUCUGUUAUACCUGCUUUGCAGCAGCUGAUUACCUGUGGCGACCUGACAAUAUUUCCGAAAUGACUGUUCAGAUAAUAUAAAUAGGGUUACGUUAUUAAUGAUAAAUGAAUACAGCAUUAAUAUGUUCUUGUUUGUUUGUCUAAAAAUAGACUGUGGAAACGGUGCUGUACAAUAUCAUAAAUGCCAAAUACACUUUGUUUUGCCUUUUAAAGAAUUUGCCCUCUCCUGUUGUCUCUUAAUUCCUGUUAUUCCUCAGGCUGUAAUGGUGUUGUUCAAAGGUGUCGAGAAAGGUACCUUAAAAAAAGAAUUAAAAAGUAAAUAAAUAAAAUCAGCAAAAAGGGA